CGCCGGCUAUACUCCGUGCUGUGUCCCUGUUGUCAUACACACAAUGUUGAUAAAUCACAUGCAUUUUCUCCAGCUUGUCGAUAAUCGUCUCUCAGGAUCUCUUGAUUCGUGGGAAGUGAGGAGCGCGUUAAAUGCCGAGGUGAUCGGUGAAGUAUCACGGUUCCUGUGAAUGGAGAGACAUCCUCCGCUUACGUGUAGUAGCUUUGACUUGCUACAUUCGGAUACACUUCUGUACAAUUUCUACGCGUAAGUUUCAUUGUUUCACGUGUAAUAUAAAAAAUUUACCUUUUGGACAGCUAUGUAAUUCGUGACAAAAUUUAGGAGAGGACUGUAUUCUUGAUUUUUUCAUGUUACAUAUAAUAUGGAAAACAUUUGGAAAAUUUUACUAUAAUAUAUAAAAUAUUAUAGUAUUAAAUUUAAUGUAUUAAAUUUUACACACACACACACACACACACACACGCGCGCGCGCGCGCAUAUAUAUAUUCACAUUAUAAAUAAAAUUUUAUCCUAAAAUUUUACACGAAUUACAGAUUAUUUAAAGUGAAUUUAAGACUAUUUAUGCAUCAUUAAGAUAAUUUGAAUUAACAAAUCAUUAAAAUAAAUUUGCAAAAUGUUAUGAAAAGAGGAACAGCGCGAAUAAAUGUAAAUUAUGAAUGCUAGAUUGCAGACUAAAUUCUUGUUUCUCUCUCUUUGAUACACGUUUUAGUAUCGCGUAAAAUAAAGUUAGGAGAGAAGAGAAGGGGAGAGUGAGUGAGUAAGUGUGAGAGAGAGAGAGAGAGAGAGAGAGAGAGAGAGAGAGAGAGAGAGAGAGAGAGAGAGAGAGAGAGAGAGAGAGAGAUACGAUGUGAAAGGAGUGAAGUUCGAAGAGAGGGAUGCGGAUGCGAAUUCUGGGGGUAGCUGUGCCAUGCCAGUGGCUGCAUCGAUCGUUUUCUACUGAUGCUACAGCGUCCGUCUCCAACGGACAAUACGACUUUGUCGUGCCAGAAAAAUACUAUAAAUCGUGAUAACGAACGGCAUUAUAUUUCAAAAAUUGUUGUACCAGACAUUGCGUCGGUCGUCACUCAAUCGGUGGUUGAAAUAACGUCGCGCGUAUCGAUUUCUUACUGAUCAGAAAUGUGACUUACAUGAACGAAACUUUUACGCAACUGGACGCAGCAGAAGUUUAUUUCUUAUAAUUAAGAAACGCAUUGAAUAAAAGCGUUUUCCAAGAGGAAAUAUUUUUAUCUCGUUUGGAAUAUAAAAUCGCGCAACGCAACUCAAAUGGCCAUGCGGAUGCGAGUAAAGCAGAGGAUCGAAGGGAUUGUUGAAGUUUAUUCAAGGUUGAGCGAACCUUACGUGUCACUUGUCAAAGGCAAAGUUAAGUCACUGGAAAAUGGACUUUUUUAUAUAUCAUCGAUUAUUCUAUUUUACGCCGAGGAAACAAGACGAAAUCGUGUGACUGGACUGUCGAUUAGCGUAUCAGUAUUCCCAACACUGUCCGAGACGUGUAUUCUAUUUAGUUUAAAAUAGCAAAAUUCUUUAGUGCAGAAAGGAGGAAGAAGGAGGGUGUCUUCGUUUUGUUGGUUAAUUAUUUCAACUAAUUAAUUCAGAGAUCAAUUGUGAUCGCGGUUGAUAACGACGUAUGGUUGUGAGAUGAAACGUGCUGUUUACUAUUUUGCGUUAUUUGUUUCUUAACAUAGGUGCGAAGGUGCCCACAUCAUUAUUUUCUCGAUGGAAAAUUGAGAGGAUUGAAAGAUUACAGGCAAAAAUAUGCCUGGAUGAUUGUCAACAAGAGCGUACAAGCGACCCAUUACGAGAAAGGGUCGCGGACACGCCACUUGAAUGUUAUCGCCGGGGAACAAAUGACCAGGGCGCGGGAUGGGCAAGUCCUGGCUCUGGAUCUUAUUUGCUGCCAUGCUGACAACCAUGACAAUGAUGGCGGUGACGAAGGCUGAUUCAUCUUUGACACCAUCUAUGUCAACAAUUAUUUAUGACGACAUGAUGGAUGCUAAACGGGUGGCCAUCGAGGAAGCUUUGGAUGUAAUAGAGGCGGCAUCGACAGGUUCCUUGGGCGAAGUUUGCGUCAGUAUGACAGGAUUUAAAUCUCUUCCAACUAAUGUCAUUCUGGACCCGAGACGUUAUGACACAGCACGUCAAAAGGCCGACAUGACCGCUAUGCUGCUUCGGAAUCUCGGAGUAGUUGAGGCGAUACAACGUAACGCUCUUUUAGAUGCCCUGACCAAGUCGUUGCUCAUGUCGGUGGACGACGCGGUAGAAGCAAGGGUGAUUGCGCUGAAUGCAUCCACCGGCACGGUCAUCACAGCGGUGUGGCUAAAACGCAAUCCCGGAAGCGUUGGUGAGCCUUCUAAGGUCGAAAGUCACGCUCUUCAAUUUGGGUCACGACCAGAUUCCAGUUUACCAUGGUUUGAGAAUGCAGACAGUAGCGUCAGAUUAAGGUCACCGAAAUUCAUGCAGUCACCGCCGAUUGAAUCCUACAGGGGUUGGUGGACUAUCCCAUACUUCUCUUGCAAAACUCGCCGUUGGCUCAUCUCGUAUAGCGUCAACGUCAAGCCACCGGAUAUCCGACCCGGGAUGCGAGAAUUUAUCAGCAUGGAUAUCGAUAUAAGCGGAUUGGAAGUGAAUCAGUGCGACUUUUCGACGCAAAAUCAUAACGAUGGACUUGAAGCCUCCAAUAAUCAGAUAGCCUUUUUUAAGGGCACCCAUAAAUGUCACACCGACACCACCCAGUGCGUAUAUCAGGGACCUAGUAAUCGAGUGAAUGAAAAUGGAGUGGGUGCCGGUUGGGCAAAAGGCGCGUACGUGUGUAAGUGUCGGCAAGGCUUCUACAGCAUCAGUCAUCAUCGAUCGGGUUUCGACGGAAGCCUCGUGGAAGCUGCAUGGAAAGAAAUGAAAGAGAACAAGAGUGACUCCUACGAGAAGGUAUUUUUAUGUCUACGCUGCGCACCAGGUUGCGCUAGGUGCAAAGGCCCUGAGCCUUGUUUGGCGACGUAUAAUUGGCCAUUUAGAAUCUCACUGUUAGCUGUUUCAAUUUUCUGUGCGUUUGGUACCAUCGUUCUGGUGGCGUACAUGUACCAGCAUCGUAAACUAAAAGUAUUCAAGGUUGCUUCCCCGAUAUUUUUAUCUAUCACACUUUUGGGGUGCGCCUUGAUGUAUCUCGAGAUGGCUGCUAUAUUCCCGGUCCUCGAUAUGUAUUCGUGCAUUGCUACAAAGUGGACAAGACAUAUGGGAUUUUGCAUUUCGUAUACGGCGCUUUUAAUGAAAACCUGGAGGGUUUCACUUACGUAUCGAGUGAAAAGCGCUCACAAGGUUAAACUGACGGACAAACAGUUGUUGCAAUGGAUGGUGCCUAUCCUGUUGGUGAUGUUGAUUUAUCUUGGAACGUGGACCGUGAGUGCGCCCCCUUACGCAGAAGUAAUCGCGGAUAGUAACGAUUUGAAGUUUUAUCAAUGUUCUUAUAAUUGGUGGGAUCAUAGCCUGGCUAUUGGUGAAAUUCUUUUUCUCGCCUGGGGCAUAAAAGUGUGUUACAACGUGCGAAACGCGGAGAGUCUGUUUAACGAGGCCCGUUUGAUAAGUUACGCCAUUUACAAUAUAGCCGCGGUGAAUAUAACCAUGAUAGCUAUUCA